AUGGCCACUAUAUUUGCCACAAAGAAAGGACCGACUGAGACAAUCUCGACACUCAAAGGUACAGACACAGAUUCAUCUACUAGCCUUGACGUUGCGCCAUUGGCCGAACCAGCAGAGGAGCGCCGGUUUUGGUUCCAGCGAGGCAAAGACUACAAUCCUGACGCGGUUGCGACCCAGCCAUCCGUCUAUGACAACCCAGACACUGCAAAGGAAUUUCAACCCCGAGCUGACUGGGAGAAUCUUCACCGAUUCGACCCAUCUGCUCGGUGGACAUGGGGCGAGGAGUAUAAAUUGAUUCGCAAGAUUGAUCUUCGUAUCAUGGUAUUUACUUGCCUCAUGUUCAUGUGUUUGGAGUUAGAUCGCGGCAAUCUGUCACAAGCUCUAACCGACAACUUGCUUCCCGAGUUGAAUAUGACCACGAAUGACUUCAAUCUUGGAAAUACAGUGUUCAAGCUCUCAUUCCUCUGCUCAGAGCUACCCUCUCAGCUCCUCAGUAAAUGGGUUGGACCUGAUCGGUGGAUUCCUACCCAAAUGGUUCUUUGGUCUGCAGUUGCGAUGGCUCAGUAUGGGCUGAAAGGAAGAACCACAUUUCUUUUGUGCCGUGCCCUGCUUGGUAUAUUACAAGGUGGAUUCAUCCCAGAUGUGAUAUUGUAUCUUUCCUACUUCUAUAAACAUCAUGAGCUAUCUUUGCGACUUGGCUUCUUUUGGACGGCCAUGCACCUUGCGGAUAUUCUUGCUGGAUUCCUAGCUUUCGGAUUUUUACAUCUUCGUGGUGUGCAAGGUCAAUCGGGAUGGCGCUGGUUGUUCUUGUUGGAGGGCCUUCUGACACUUCUAUUUGGUCUGUCUGCAUAUGUUUUGAUGCCACCUGGGCCAUGUCAGACUGCUAAUUGGUCCCGGGGCAAAUCAGGCUGGUUCACUGCGCGAGAGGAAACCAUUAUUGUUAAUCGAGUAAUUCGUGACGACCCAAGCAAAGGAUCCAUGCACAAUCGAGAACCUAUUACCCUCAAAUUACUCUGGAAGAGUCUCAAAGACUAUGAUCUCUGGCCAAUAUACAUUCUUGGACUUACCUUCCAGACACCAGUCGUUACCCCCAAGCAAUAUCUUACUCUUACGCUAAGAGGCCUCGGAUUCGACACAUUCGUGACCAAUCUUUUGGUUAUUCCUAGCGAGGCGCUGUCCAUUGUCUUCAUUCUACUUAUUACAUACGUCUCGGAAAUUUGGAGCCAAUUGACUUUUGUAGCUAUGAUCGGACAGAUAUGGAUCCUUCCAUUCUUGGUCUAUUUAUACGUGGUUGACAUCGAUACCGCAAACAAGUGGUCGGUGUGGGUCGUGAUGACACUACUACUGGCAUAUCCGAAUGCACAUGCUAUUCAAGUCAACUGGAACUCUCGCAAUUCGAAUACUGUCCGAUCCCGCACGGUCUCGGCUGCCAUGUAUAACAUGUGUGUCCAAGCAUCGACAAUUAUUGCUUCCAAUAUCUAUCGCGCUGAUGAUGCUCCCCGUUACCGAAGAGGCAAUCGUACUCUAGUGGGACUUGCUGUCUCGAAUGUCUUCAUCUAUUUGUUGACUAAGGCGUACUAUGUCUGGCGCAAUCAAAGUCGCGAUAAGAAAUGGAAUGCCAUGACGGCCGACGAGAAGAUUCAAUACGUGGCAACCACUAAGGAUGAAGGAAAUAAGCGACUAGAUUUCCGAUUUGCGCAUUGA